AUGACGCGCGCAACGGUCCAGCCGAACGUGCUCAACCCCCAAUACUGUCCCGCGGCCCUGCUGCCGGCGGGCUGCACGCGCGGGAACUCGUGUCACCUGCGGCACGACAUCGUCCGCUGCACAUGCGGGGUCAUACUCGUCAAGAGCGCGGUGCACGCGCACAAGCAGGGCAAGCGGCAUCGCGCGCUCAUGCUAUCCGAGGCACAGAAGAACCAGGCCCAGGCAAGUGCCUCUGCUUCUUCCGCGUCUUCGGCCGCUAAGUUGUUACGUGUCAGUAGUACGAACGGCGCACCCCAGCAUCUGCGGAAGCUGCUGUCCACGGCCCACGCGCUCGAGGCCUCCGCGCAGGACGACAAACAGGGCAUCACGGUGUCGCACCGGGACGGGCUCGACUUUGGCGUCGUCGGCGAGGAUGAACGGGUUUACAUUGACGUUACGAUCAUGAGGACGAAAGCGAGUGGACACGCGCGGAUCUCGCUCGAGUCGAUCACGGUGCGAGCUGCACGCUUCACUGCGACCCUCUCCGGCAAGUCCCGCUGGGUGACCGCUUCAGAAGCCCGGACGCUCUCUGUGCAAUUCCGCCCCGGGGACACCUCCCCAUCGGCGGCGUUGCCGGACGGUGCCUACGCGGACGUCCUCGAGCUCGUGUUCCACGAUCUAGUCGCGAACGCCCGGUUUCUAAUCGUCCGCACGCUGCAGGCUGUCGUCGGCUCCCGCGAGGACCACGAGCAACUCAAGCCCAAAGCGCCAUUCACCCGGCGGCGCCGAGGGAUGCUGCCGCCCGCGGCCCCAGGCGCCGACCAACGCGUCAUCCGGGUUCCCCGGCCCCCGAAUUGGGACACCCCGAAUGUCUGGGUGGGGUAUCUGCCUGAAUACAAACCCCCGCCGGCCUUGGUCGAGGCUGCGUUCGGGGGUCCGGAUCCUGGAUCCAACUCCCGGGAGGUGCUGCAGGCCGUGCGCCGAUUCCUCCCCGACACUUUCUCGGUCAAGACGUACGCCGAUCAUUUCCAGGUGAUGCUGUUCAUCGAGGACGAGCACAAGAGACUGGAGCUGGAGAUGUAUGCUUUGAGUGGGGCGGAGAUCGUGCCGAACUAUCCGAGAUAUGAUCUGGAAGUUAAGGGCCUCGAGGAUGGACGCCCUAGUGUGAUUGUGGGAGAUUUCAUCCGCGUCCGGCAAAGUGGCCAAGAUUCGGGUCCGUGGCACGAAGGCCGCGUGCACAAAAUCCAGCAAUCGCGCGUCAGUCUUCAUUUCGGUGACGCCUUCAACACGUACAAGGGCACGAAGUUCGACGUGCGAUUCGUGCUCAACCGGCUCCCGGUCCGCAGAAUGCACCAAGCGGUGCGCAACCGGUUCCGCGAUGCGAGGAUCCUGUUUCCGCGUGCGGAACACGUGCUGCGCAAGACGCGCGUCACGGAGAGGGAGAAAAGCGAGCUAGCGCCUGUGAAUCGCUUGGUCGCAGCAGAUCCCGAGCAAUGGGAAACGGUGGUGACGAUUGUGAACCAACCGAGAGGGAGCGCGCCGUUCCUUGUGUUUGGACCUCCGGGAACGGGCAAGACUGUGACUGUCGUCGAGGCUAUCCGUCAGCUACUUUCCCGCGACCCAUCGAUCCGGAUCCUGGCCUGCGCGCCGAGCAAUUCCGCCGCGGAUCUCCUCGCGAUGAAUCUCGUGGGUCUCGGUACGACUGAUCUGUUCCGGCUGAACGCGCUGUCCCGCCGAUACGAGGACUUGCCUAAGCCGCUCCAGCCGUUCUCGGCCAUCAACGACAAGCGCACGUUUGUGCUGCCUACGAAGGAACGGCUCGAGGGCUACCGCGUCGUCGUCGCUACGUGUCUUUCGGGCGGGGUACCCGCGAGCUUGGGCGUUGAGAAGGGCCACUUUGGAUACAUCAUCGUCGACGAAGCGGGGCAGGCGACGGAGCCCGAGGUCAUGCUGCCCAUCAAGAGCAGCGCCGAUGGGCGGACGAAUGUGAUCUUGGCGGGCGACAACAAGCAGCUGGGCCCGAUCGUGCAGAGUCCCAUCGCCAGCUCGUUUGGGCUGAAAGUGAGCUAUCUGGCGCGGAUGAUGGACCGAGAGAUCUACAGUCUGGACGGGGAAACACCCGCCGCACCGGGAUCCGGAGUAGGACGCGGAGUGACGAUCGUCAAACUGCUGCGCAACUUCCGGUCGCACCCCGCCAUCCUCGAGUACCCGAACCAUGAGUUCUACGGGGGCGAGCUCCAAGCUUGUGGCGACGCGGCUCUGAUCCGUAGUCUGGAGAACUCGUCCGAGCUGCCCAGAAAGAAGUUCCCGAUUGUGUUCCAUGGGGUCGCGGGCAAGGACGAUCGCGAGGGCGCGUCCCCGUCGUACUUCAACAUCAGCGAAGCGACGGUCAUCAAGAAGUACGUCGGCGCGCUCAUCAGCCGCGACAACCGCGUGCGAGCAGAGGAAAUCGGCUUGAUCACACCGUACCACGCCCAGCGGUGCAAGAUCAGAGAGCUACUGCGCAAGGACCCAAAGAUGGCCGGGGUCACCGUCGCCAGCGUCGAGGAGUUCCAGGGCCAGGAGCGCCGCGUCAUCAUCAUCUCGACCGUCCGCAGCAGCACGGGAUACCUCGAAUCGGACAUCCGCCGCGCGCUGGGCUUCGUUGCCAGCCCGCAGCGCUUCAACGUCGCGGUGACUCGCGCGCAGGCGCUGCUCGUCGUUGUGGGCAACCCGGAUGUGCUGUCGCUCGACCCGCUCUGGCGCGGAUUUCUCGGAUACGUGCGUGAUGGAGGCGGUUGGAGGGGGAAGGCGAUGCCGACGGAGGUCGACGUGGAUCGGCGCAGACGGGCGGCAGAAACGGAGACCGCGCAGCUCAUCGCGAGGCUGGAGACGAUGAUCGUUAGCAAGACUGACGAAGAUUUUGAUUUGGAUGGAUUCGGAACGUCGGAGUCUGCCGUCCGCUGGGAUGCAGAGUAAUUGGGCUAUGUGGACAGGAAUCUACAGGAAUGCGCGCAAGAUCUAGAUCAACAUGGCUUGUUUAUGAAACAGGGAGACAUCAAUGGAAAAAUGUAGCCCAGGUUAGGUUCG